AUGGAGGCCGAUGCGAAUGCUAAAUCCUACGAUGAAGUCAGUGGACCACAAAUUGAAGCAGGUAGUCAAUUUAUCCGUGAGUUAAACCUCUCCUUGGGAGACAAAGUGCUGGACAUGGGUUGCGGCACAGGCCAUCUCACUAAAUAUAUCGCUGAUAUUGUUGGCCCUGAUGGUCAGGCGGUCGGAAUCGAUCCCGAUGCUGAGCGAAUCAAAAUUGCUGAAGAGAAAUCUAAAGAAGUCGGUAAUCUUCAGUUUUGUGUUGGCAGCAGUGUGAUUGGAUUUCCACACGAUACUGAGCCGUAUUACGAUGUUCAUAUCAGCACGAACGCAUACCACUGGGUUCCUGAUGAUGAGAAAAGAAUUACAUACAGAAAGCACAUCGAUGUUUGAAAGCUGGGGGGGAACUGGCCAUCUUUUGUCUCGCAAAGAUUCCCGGUGACAAUGGAAAUGUGGAGAAAAUUGGAAUUUAUACGUUAACCCAAGAGGGGUAUCGAGAUAUGUUUCAAGAGGUUGGUCUCUUCAACAAUGUUGUGGUAGACGCACCGAUCUACCCUUAUCGAUAUGAAUCAUUUGAAGAAUUCAAGAGAUGGUUCAAAGCUACAACUCGCCAGGACGUGGAAACUACCAAAUCUGAGGACUUACUCAAGAAAUUUGUUACAACAGAAGACGAUGGGCAAGUCACUUUUAAAGUACCAUGUAUUCGCAUCUCAGCAUGCAAAAAUUGA